AUGUAUUCCCCUAAGGUCGGUGAUCACAUCGACAGCCUUGAUACGCCUUCAAUGAUUGUUGACCUUGAUCUGUGUGAGGCCAAUAUCAAAAAGUUAAUGGACAAGCUCCUUCCAACGGGAUUGAACAUUCGUCCUCAUCUCAAAACGACAAAAAGCGCAAUCGUGGCAAACAAAUUGGCAACAGCUGGAGCAAAGGGAGGCUGUGUCGCAAAAGUGAGCGAGGCGGAAGUUAUUGCGGCGGCUGGGUUCGAGGACCUCCUGAUCACAUGUGAGAUCAUUGGCCCCGCGAAGGUGAAGAGGCUUGUGGAACUGUAUCGCAAUCACCGGAGCAUUCGAAUCGUCGUGGACAGUGAAAUUGGUGCAACCUCCAUCAAUGAGGCCCUGAAAGUGUCGGGCAUCGAAGAGCCGAUCACUGUUCUGAUUGACCUUGAUGUUGGCCUUCACCGCACGGGUGUCAAACCGGGUGAUCCAGCCAUGGCCCUAGCGCAGCAUGUUGCCGGGCUGAAGCAUCUCAAAUUGAUCGGAGUGCAAGGCUACGAGGGCCAUUUGCAGCAUUUGCAUGAUAGAGAGGACCGCAGAAGCCAGUGCCUACAGUCCAUGAAAAUCCUUACCGACACGGCGAAUUUGUUACGCAAGGCGGGCUUCACCAUGGAGGUCGUUACUACCGGAGGAACUGGCACAGCGGAAUUCUGUGCAACAGUUCCUGGUGUGACAGAGCUCCAACCCGGUUCUUUCAUCUUCAUGGACACCGAUUACCGAAAUGCCGUAGGCACCUUCUACUCCAACAGCCUUACCCUUUUGUCCACCGUUUUGAGCAAACAAGGUCCGCAAACCGUUACGAUCGACACGGGACUGAAGUCACUCACAACGGAUAGUGGCCUAGCCGAGUGCAAAGACCCAAGGUACAUUUACGGAGUUCUGGGUGAUGAACAAGGAUCACUUAGCUGGAGCAAUGGUACGCCUGAUCUGGCUGUUGGUGAUCGUGUGGAAAUGGUCCCUAGCCAUAUUGACCCUACCGUCAACUUGCACGACUUUUAUUAUGCCUACCGCAACGGGGUUAUAGAGGAGAUCUGGCCCGUGGACUCGAGAGGAAAGGUUCAAUGA